UCCGACGAAGAAUACCAAACUUGUUUUGAAAUCUCACACAUUUUAGGAUCAUUUCAAUCCUUAAUCGAUUAUGGGCUUCUUUUCGUCUCUACUCUCUCAGAUCUCGAAACCUGAUUCUUCAAAGAUGUCUGCAUUUGCCGGUUUAUUACUUUUUGGCUCCGUAGGAGCUUACACCAUUGAUUACCAUAUUAGAAACCGUCAAUCUUCUUUUCUGAGAAGUGCCAUCCCAUUGAAAGAGUUGGGUGAAAGGUUGAAAAGCAGCUCCAAACCUUUACCUGUUGUGUUUUCUGGACAAGUUCAAUCCGAUGAGCCCAUAAAAGGUGGUUUGACACAUCCCAACCAAUUUGUGCAGCUACAGUUGGAUGCUAGUGUUACUUAUGACGGAAAGACCGAAAUUGUCUAUGAAGAUAGUGAUUGGAAGGGUGAUCAGUUUAGCUCCAUAUUGGAGGUUGCAUCAAUCCACGAGGAGGUGUCUUGGCAUCUGGUUGAUGGCACUGAGAAGGUUCGUAUAGUGGGAAUUCAAAAGGCAAUUGGCUUUGAUUUGAUUGCCUGUAAAAGAGAAGUUGCAGGUCCGGGGACUGCACUCGUGAAAGUGCUACCUUUUUACAGAGAGUUGGAUGAUCGUCGAGGCAUCAAGGUGCUUGGAGUAAAACACUGUGAGCGUGCUCUGAAAGUGGAUUCGUCUUUGACAGUUAUUGGUAAAGCUGUGAAAGAAAACAGUGGAGAGAUCACAAUUCUAGAGCCAUUGUUUGUUUGUCAAUCUGACAAGAAUUCUGAGUCUAGUAUCAUUCUAUUUGAUAGUUUAAGUGCAUGGCAGAUCGUGUCCAUGUCCGCAUUUGUCACGGCAUCGGUUAUAAUAGUAAUUGAGGGACUCGAGUAUUUUUGCUACAAUCCUCCAAGUAGCUGAGGAUUUCAACUCCUCCAACCUAGCUAUAGGAUUUGAACUCUUAGCUUAACUUUUAAUAUGAAUAAUGGCGCUGUUUCUACUACAUGACUUAACUUCAAAUUAAUGUAGAUAUACAGUUAUAUAAGUGAAGUGUGUAAGAAUGUUGUUUCUCUUUGUAUUGCUUGGCCGAAGCUAUUUCUUGAUUUAAAUGCAUUGACUGAUUGCCUAUGAUCAUGCUUAGUGGUCUAUACGUUUUGUUGCAGAUGUUAAUCCAUGAUAAGUUACAAACUUGUUUCAGCCGUUCUGUGCUGUGCCAUUCUUAAUUGGUUUCUGCAGCAGCAACACUGAAGAGUUUUACGAGUAUGACUUCCGGUUCUCAUGCAAUAGCCUCUAUCUUAUUGAUAAUGAAAUAAGUUGUUAAAG